AUGGCGACUGCUCCGACCACCCAGCAGAACCUGGCCAGUCUGCCCGCUCACUCCAUGAGCGAUACCAACAUCACCAGUCACAUCGCCUCACGAUAUCACAGCCAUCUACCCAUCACAGCGCUUUCUUCUCAAGGAUACAUUUCCGUUAAUACUUACACUUCCUCCGCCAAGGGACCCAAUGGCGGCAAGGAUGGCAGCGCAAUGGGCGCCGCCGAGGAGCUGGCCGCUCGCAUGUGGACGAGACUUGGCCACAAGCAGGAGAGUCAGGCGGCUGUUUUCUUGUAAGUCCUUUCGGGGCCAAGAAUGGCGAAGCGCGGCUUCGUAGUCGCGAAGGGUGUAUGGAAGACUUCGUGAUGAGCAUCUUUGCUGACGUCUUCUCAUAGGGGUGAAUCGGGCACCGGAAAGACCACCAUAAGAUCGCACCUCCUUUCCUCCCUUCUCCAGUACUCGUCAACGCCUCUUUCGAAGAAGCUAUCUUUUGCUGCUUUCGUUUUCGACACCCUCACUACGACCAAGUCUGUCACAACACCGACUGCGUCGAAAGCCGGCCUCUUCUUCGAGCUACAAUAUGACACCUCCUCGAGCUUGCACCCCACCUUGAUCGGUGGCAAAGUUUUGGACCACAGAUUGGAGCGAAGCCGCAUUUCGGCCGUACCUCCCGGGGAACGCAAUUACCACGUCCUCUACUACCUACUUGCGGGCACUUCUCCCGCCGAGAAAGAGCACUUGGGUCUCGAUUUGGGCAACGGCCUCACCCAUGGCGUGGCCAACCGGGCUUCGAUGGGCUCGAGUACGAAGAGGUGGCGAUACCUUGGUCAUCCGUCGCAAUUGAAGGUUGGCAUCAACGAUGCGGAAGGAUUUCAGCACUUCAAGACUGCUCUGCGGAAGCUAGAGUUUCCGCGAGAGGAGAUUGCUCAUUUGUGUGAGGUUUUGGCGGCAAUCCUGCACAUCGGUCAGCUAGAGUUCAUGACCUCGCAGGCAACCACCCCUGCACCAGAUGAGAGCGGUGGAUAUGGCCAUGAGGGUGGCGAGGAUAUCACCGUGGUCAAGAACAAGGAUACUCUAGCGAUUGUGGCUGCUUUCUUGGGAGUCGCCGCGCAUACAUUGGAGCAGUCUCUGGGAUACCGCACCAAGAUUCUGCACCGCGAGCGCGUGACGAUCAUGCUCGAUCCCAAGGGAGCGCGCGAGAACGCAGAUGAGCUUGCUCGGACACUUUACAGCUUGAUGGUGGCCCUGAUCAUGGAGAGGAUCAACUCCAGAGUCUGCGCGAUUGAGGACUCGGUUGCAAACACCAUCUCCGUGGUCGACUUUCCCGGAUUCGCUCAGACUCCCUCCACUGGAAGCGUUCUGGACCAGCUCCUGUGCAACGCCGCCAACGAGUCUCUAUACAACUUCUGCCUGCAGAGCUUUUUCGAAAGAAAGGCUGAUCUGCUCGAGACGGAGGAGGUUCAGGUACCUGCGACGAGCUACUUCGACAACAGCGAUGCCGUCAAGGGCCUUCUCAAGCCCGGCAAUGGCCUGCUUAGCAUUCUUGACGACCAGAUGAAGCGUGGCAAGACUGACAUGCAGAUGCUGGAAUCUCUACGGAAGCGUUUUGACGGGAAGAACCCAGCCAUCGAGGUUGGAAGUGCCACUGUUACGCUACCUGGGAACAACUUCGCCACACACAACACUCAAGCGAGCUUCACCGUCAAGCAUUUUGCUGGAGAGCUCGAGUACCCGGUCGAAGGCCUUCUCGAGGAGAAUGGCGAAGUCAUCUCUGGCGACCUAAUGAACUUGGUCAACACAUCUACCAGCCCAUUUGUAGGCGAGCUUUUCGGCCAGGAAGCCCUCAACAAAGUGCUCCAUCCUAAGGAUCGCACUGCAGUCACGCAGGCUUCUGUUGCGUCCAAGCCGUCUCGCAUGCCAAGUAUGGCCCGCCGCAAAGGCAGCCGACCGCAGCUGGGCUCCAAGCGCACUCCGUUCGAAGACGACAAUGGCAGUGACGAAGGCCGUACCAGGAGCUUCUCGCGCUUUAAUCAGCCGGGCGAAGCUCAAUCGGGUGCCGCUGCCCAGUUCUUGUCUUCUCUCGACAACAUCACUAAGUCGCUCACUGCGCCCAACAGCAACUCUUACUUUUUCUUUUGCUUGAAGCCCAACGACAGACGCAUUGCCAAUCAGUUCGAUAGCAAGUGCGUGAGGACACAGAUUCAGACUCUAGGUAUCGCCGAGAUUGCUCAAAGGCUCAAGAACGCGGAUUUCAGCAUCUUUAUGCCAUUUGGAGAGUUCCUGGGUACCGCCGAAGGAGAAGUCUCAGUCGUUGGUAGUGAAAGAGAGAAGUCGGAGAUGAUCUUGGAGGAGAAGAGCUGGCCAAGUAACGAGGCUCGUAUCGGUACCACGGGUGUCUUCCUCAGCGAGCGCUGCUGGAGACACAUAGCUGGCGCUGGUGACUUGGGCGAGAUUCGUCCCUUCGACGAUGCUUACGGCGACUCUGGUAGACUCACGCCCGCCGGGAAAGGAGGCUUUGGAGAGUCGAAGGUGCAGCUCUUGCAGACUCCUGGCUCCGGCUACUAUGAUGAUAAAGCGGCUGGUUACUUCGGAAGCCGGGAUCUGGACGCAAAGAGCGACGCCGGUGCGUCAGCUUUCCGCGAAGGCGAUAUGUUCCGCAACCUGGAGACCCGCGAGCAGAUGGCUGAGAAGGGCAAUGAAGUCCAUGCUACCGAGAUCGAGGAACGUCCGACAUCUGGAAGCAGGCUUCGGUGGCUCUUCAUUGUCUACGCUUUCACCUGGUGGUGCCCCGAUUUCCUCAUCAGGACUGUUGGACGCAUGCCUCGCAAAGAUGUCCGCAUGGCAUGGAGAGAAAAGCUGGCCAUCAACUUGAUUAUCUGGUUGUCUUGUGCAUUUGUCGUGUUCUUUAUGAUUGGAUUUCCACGGAUCAUUUGUCCAACCCAGCACGUCUAUAGCUCUGAAGAGCUGACCUCGUACAACGGCAAGGACGGCGCCAAGUCGUACGUGGCCAUCCGAGGAGUCGUCUUCAGUCUCGACUCCUUCAUGCCAGUGCACUACCCGUCGAUCGUGCCACAGUCCGCUCUGAAGAAAUAUGCGGGCACAGACGCAACCAACCUCUUCCCAGUUCAGGUAUCGGCCAUGUGCCAAGGCGUCAACGAGACUGGUAUCGACCCGGCCGUCCAGCUCAACUACCAGUCUCACAACUACACUGGACAGACCACGGCAAUCAGCUCCACUGACACCAAUGCUCAAUAUCACGAUUUCCGAUGGGCAACCAACGAUUCCCGUCCAGCCUGGUUCGUUGAGCAGAUGAUCUACCUUCAGGGCAACUACUGGAAGGGUAACGUGGGAUACUCGCCACAAUAUAUCAAGACCCUCGCCAAGAAGCAGAACUCGAUCGCCUACAUCAACGGACGAGUUUACGACUUCACGGAAUAUAUUGCUGGUGGAAGGCAGCCUCAGUACCCUCCUGGCACGGACAAGCCCGAGACGCCACCAAACUCGAACUUCAUGGAUCAGACCGUGGUUAGCCUAUUCCAGCAACGUUCCGGUCAGGACGUGACCAAAUACUGGGAGGAUCUCAAGCUGGAUGCCGCCCUUCGCCAACGUAUGCAAGUGUGCAUGGACAAUCUCUUCUACGUUGGCAAUGUCGACACGCGCAGCAGCCCACAGUGUCAAUUCGCGAAGUACAUUCUUCUGGCCAUAUCUCUGCUGCUAGUAUCUGUCAUUUGCUUCAAGUUUCUGGCGGCUCUACAAUUCGGAAAGAAGAACGUCCCGGAGAACCUCGACAAGUUUGUCAUCGCCACUGUCCCAGCUUACACGGAAGACGAGGACUCUUUGCGCCGUGCCAUCGACUCUGCUGCUCGCAUGCGAUACGAUGAUAAGCGCAAAUUGCUGUUCAUCAUCUGCGACGGCAUGAUUAUCGGUCAAGGCAACGACAGGCCAACGCCGCGCAUCGUUUUGGACAUUCUUGGAGUACCAGAGACCGUCGAUCCAGAGCCACUCAGCUUCGAAUCUUUGGGCGAGGGUCUCAAGCAGCACAACAUGGGCAAGGUCUACUCAGGUCUUUACGAAGUACAAGGACAUAUUGUGCCCUUCAUUGUCAUUGUCAAGGUCGGAAAGCCUUCCGAAGUCUCUAGACCUGGCAACCGUGGCAAGCGUGACUCGCAAAUGAUCUUGAUGCGCUUCCUCAACCGCGUCCACUACAACCUGCCCAUGACGCCACUAGAACUCGAACUCCACCACCAGAUACGAAACGUGAUAGGAGUCAACCCGACUUUCUAUGAGUUCCUGCUGCAAAUCGAUGCCGACACGGUCGUUGCUCCGGAUUCCGCUACACGUUUCGUGUCUGCGUUUGUGAACGACACCAAGUUGAUUGCAGUGUGCGGUGAAACCGCCCUUACCAACGCCAAAGCGUCAUUCAUCACGAUGAUGCAGGUGUACGAGUACUACAUAUCGCACAACCUGACCAAGGCCUUCGAAUCGCUCUUUGGAUCCGUCACCUGUUUGCCCGGUUGUUUCACCAUGUACCGUAUCCGAGCUGCAGAGACUGGAAAGCCGCUCUUCGUUUCCCGGGAGAUUGUCGACGACUAUAGUGAAGUUCGCGUCGACACCCUUCACAUGAAGAACCUUUUGCACCUUGGUGAGGACAGAUAUCUGACCACGCUGCUUAUGAAAUACCACUCCAAGUACAAGACGAAGUAUAUCAUGCGCGCACAUGCUUGGACGAUAGCACCAGACAGCUGGGCCGUCUUUACCUCCCAACGUCGACGAUGGAUCAACAGUACCGUUCACAACCUGAUCGAAGUCAUCCCUCUGCAACAGCUCUGCGGUUUCUGCUGUUUCAGUAUGAGAUUCGUCGUGUUUAUCGACUUGCUCUCGACCAUUGUGCAGCCUGUCAUCGUCGGUUACAUCGUCUACCUGAUCGUCGAAGUGGCCAAGAAUCCAAGCACGGUGCCGGUAACUGCGUUUAUCCUGCUUGGUGCGAUUUACGGUCUGCAAGCCAUCAUCUUUAUUCUGCGGCGCAAAUGGGAAAUGGUCGGUUGGAUGUUGAUUUACAUGGUUGCCACCCCGAUCUUCUCCUGCGCUCUGCCACUUAUUGCGUUUUGGAACAUGGACGACUUCUCUUGGGGCAACACACGCAUGGUUACCGGUGAGAAAGGCAAGCAGAUCAUUGUGUCUGAUGAGGGCAAAUUCGAUCCCGAUAGCAUCCCGAAGAAGAAGUGGGAAGAAUACCAGGCCGAGCUUUGGGAUGCCUCUGCCAGCGCCAGAGACCUCGGCGAUACCAGAUCCGAAAUGUCUGGUAUCUCGUACGGGACCAAGAGCUGGCAUCCCAAUGCUCCCGGACCUCAGUCUGUGUAUGGUGACGUGAACGGCUAUCAGAGCCGACACAUGAGCCAGCUCACGGUGCCGCAGAUGCAGCAGUAUAACGGCUCGCAUAUGAGUCUUGGAAUGCAAUCGGAGAUGGGCAUGCCGAUUGGAGAUAUGUCGGACAUGCCAUCUGAUGAUGCGAUCUUGGCUGAGAUUCGGGAGAUCCUCAGGACGGCUGAUUUGAUGACUGUUACGAAGAAGAGCAUCAAGGCGGAAUUGGAGAGGAGAUUUGGGGUUCCAAUGGAUUCCAGGAGGCAGUAUAUUGGGAGUGCUACGGAGGCUAUCCUGAGUGGACAGCUAUAA